GACAUCAGGACGUGUCCUCCAGCAUGGAGACCAUAAAGGUCUUAUGAGAAGGUUUAUCUCUGGACAGUGAUGGGUAUAAAUGUCCAUCUAUGGGCAGCGCCGAGGGUCAUUUCCAGGUGUGGGAACCGCCGCCGCAGCCUUGUCCCCCUGCCUGAGGAAAUGCCAAGCCUCCCUGCGCCUUAGCCGGUUCCUCCUGCUGGGCUCCAGAAGGAGGAGGUGCUGCCUGCACAAGCCGAGGAGCACCGAGGCCACUUCCUGCGGUGGAACCCAGCCGAAGCCCCCCUCCUCCCGCUCGGAUCAUCGGGCUCAUCGUCGCUAGCGCAUCGGCUAACGGUCUGGACGGCGGCCAUGGAGAGCCGCUGGAGCCAGUGAACGCGGGCCGCCUCUGACUCCUGGACGCUGACCGGCGGCUGGGCGAGGUUCUGGAAGAGGUUCUGGGAGAGGUUCUGGAAGAGGUUCUGGAAGAGGUUCUGGGCCCUUCAGGAGCCACCAAGGCCUGGUGCCGAAGCGCGACGUGGGAAGAUCGGCUGGCGGAGCAGCGACCAUGAAGAAGCAGUUCAACCGCAUGAAGCAGCUCGCUAAUCAGACGGUCGGCAGAGCAGAGAAGACAGAAGUCCUCAGUGAUGACCUCCUGCAGAUUGAGCGACGCAUGGAGUUGGUGCGUGUCGUCUCCCACAACACGCACAAAAAGAUGGCGUCGUGCCUGCAGGGACACAUCGGCGCAGAGGCAGAGAAGAGACACUCUGUGCCACGCCUCUAUACAGGAAACGGUCAGAAGAAGCUUCCUCUCACUGCGCUGUCCCAGGCGAUGGUGGAAGGAGGAAACCAGCUGGGAGAAGACUCUCUGAUCGGGAAGAUGAUGGAGGUGUGCGGAGAGGUGGAGAACCGUCUGGCCACGGAGCUGAUGCAGCACGAGCUGCAGAUGGAGAAGGAGGUUCUGGACCCACUCAGCCAGCUCGCAGAGGUCGAGAUCCCCAACAUCCUGAAGCAAAGGAAGCAGCUGGCCAAGCUGGUACUGGACUACGAUUCUGCCAGAGCGAGGUGGUUGCAGGCAACCAAGUCGAUAAUCUCAGGAACAAACACUCAAGCACUGACGGCCAAGGCGGACCUGCUGAAGGAGGAGGUGGAUGAAGCCAUGAACAAAGUGGAGCUCUGCAAGGACCAGCUCGCUGCAGAUAUGUACAGCUUUUUCUCUAAGGAAGGCGACUAUGCCCACUACUUCAUAACGCUCCUGGAGGCCCAGGCUGAUUACCACAGGAAGUCUCUGGCUGUGCUGGAGAGCGUGCUGCCCACCAUCCAGGCUCAGCAAGACUCCUGGAUGGAAAAACCCGCCUUUGGAACGGCGCUGGAUGAUCACCUGAAGAGGAGCGGGAGAGAGAUCGCUCUGCCCAUGGAGGCCUGCGUCAUGAUGCUGCUGGAGACCGGCAUGAAGGAAGAGGGUCUAUUCAGGAUCGCAGCUGGGGCGUCCAAGCUGAAGAAGCUGAAGGCAGCCCUGGACUGCUCCACGUCACAGCUGGAGGAGUUCUACUCAGACCCCCACGCCGUCGCUGGAGCUCUGAAGUCUUACCUGCGGGAGCUGCCUGAGCCUCUCAUGACCUUCCAGCUUUAUGAAGACUGGAUCCAGGCCUCCAGCGUGCCGGACCCAGACAAACGUCUGCAGGCGCUCUGGCUCGUCUGUGAUCAGCUACCAAAGAGCAACAGGAACAACCUGAGGUAUCUGGUGAAGUUCUUGGCCAGACUGGCUCAGGACAGCGAGGUCAACAAAAUGACGCCGAGCAACAUCUCCAUCGUGCUGGGACCCAACCUGCUGUGGGCCAAGACGGAGGGGACUCUGGCUGAGAUGGCUGCAGCUACUUCUGUUCACGUGGUGGCCAUCAUAGAGCCCAUCAUCCAGCAUGCCGACUGGUUCUUUCCUGAGGAGGUGGAGUUUAAUGUCUCCGGCAUGUUUGUGAUGCCCACGCCGGCCUCCAACCUCAGCAGUCAGCUGGACUACGACUGCAGCAGCGUGGAGAGGAAGAGGCCCGGCAGCAUGGUGGGACCGGAGAACGACGCGCCACGCAAAGACAACACCUCUAACAAGCACUCGGACCACGCCCUCCGUAGAGGCAGUAACACCUUAGGUAGAAAACAGCACACCUCACCUGCCUUCCAGCCUCCUUUACCCCCCGUGGAGGCCCAGAUGUUGGCACCCGGGGCCGGCCAGGCCCCUCAGGCGCUGGCUGAAGCCCCGCCUCAGCCUCAGCCCUGGGCGGGGGGUUCAGGGCCGGACGCCGGCCAGCAUAGCUUGGUUCAGGGUCUGGCUGCUCUGGCAGCGGCUCAGCAGCUUCUAGCCCAGCACACAGAGGAGCUCAGCCCGAAGCUGCGGGACCCGUCUGCGGCGCCGACGCCUGUGCCCCAGAGGAACGGUUCUGGAGGAGGCGGGUCGUCUGGAGCGUCCGGCGCCGGCUCCAUGGGGCCCAGCCCCCACAUGAUGCGUCGAGGUACCAAGAAGCAGGCUCCUGCACCUCCCAAACCAUCCAACCCCCCUCCCUGCCACCCCCCCAACCCCUCUGGUUCUGGUUCCACCCAGUCCCUCAGCCCCCCGUCCAGACCCCCCUCCAGCCACUCCCCCACUUCCCCCACCUCUCCCACCCCGUGUGCCACGCCCCGCCGCAGCUCCAACAACCAGCCUCCCAUCCACGCCCCCAACCAUCCGCCCCCGGAGCCCCCGACCCAUCCCAGCCCCCCGGCGCCGCCCGCCUGCGGGGACCGGCCCUCCUCUGAGCCCUCGCCCCCAGGCACCCCCACCCCUCCGGACUCCCCUCCGCCUCCUGCCUCCGCCGGCCAGGACGCCGCCGCUCCUCCGACCCAUUCUCCCUUCCAGUCCGGAUCUCUUCCGCGGCCGCGGCCCGUCCCCAAACCUCGGAACCGGCCCAACAUCCCGCCGCCGCCGCAGCCCGGCGCUCUGAGCGGCGAGCCCAACGGGGUCUGUGGCGCCGCCUACAAGCUGACGGACCCGGCGACGUCUCUGAGGGGCCCCGCUCGGGUUUUGGCCCCUGAGCUCGCUGUAGACCAGCAGCCAGGGACGGCUGCCUCUUCCUCCUCCUCCUCUUCCUCCUGCCUGCUCCUCCACAGAGACUGUGACCUGGACACUGAGAGCACGGCUCUGUGAGGACACCUGAUCCGCCACACCUCCAGCUCUGCAUCAGAACCCAGGAUGUCACACUGCCCCCUGCUGGCUGCUGCCGCCCAGCGUCUUAAAGCCAAAGUUUCUGCUCUGACGUGACGUUGCCAGGUUGUUCUGUAGAUUCCUUCUGAAUCAUCUGGAGACGAUCAUCAGCACGCAGCGCCGCGUUAGUUUUCUACAAAAAUGGCCUUAGAACAAGAAGCGGGACGAGGGGAAGCAGGUGACUGCUGGUUUUCAGUCAUCGCGCUCCUCUUCUUCCUCGUCUUUGUAUUUAUUUCCCGUCUGACCGUCCAAUCAUGCCUUAUGGGUUCCUCUCAGAACCUCCUUCAGUACCUACUGGAGCUCCUCACAGCCUUGGAGGCCCGGCGCUUUGAUCCGCUUUAAGGUCCAUGUUCUGGUUCUCAGAGCAGAAGCUGCCGGGUCCCCCCCCCCCCCCCCCCCCCCCCCCCCAGCCUGGAUGCAGCAGUCAGUAUUGUAGCCCUCAUGUUUCUGCCGCUUGCAUCAGAUGAAUGUAGAGAAAGGUCUGGUUCUGUCCAGGACCGUCGGGUUCUGUCCAGGACCGUCAUCCUGAGCAGGAAGAUGCAGCAGCAGCUGAUUUUGCACAGAUUUAACCAGAUGGUUCUGGAGACCCGGUUUCUGGACCUUCCCUCUGAGCUGAGCCGGCACGCUGCCCGGAGCUCAGUAAUGAUGCGGGGUUAGGUUCUGCCGGGUCAGAACUUUUUUUAAAGAAGUUGCUUUGCUGCGUUGUGUGUGUUUGCGGGCCUUGGUUUGUUUGGGCUCAGACAGAACCCAGAGUUCUGCUGAGGGAACGGAACCGUACCUCGCUGCCUUACGCCUGAUUUUCUGUUGCUGAUGAGCUGAAAUCUGGGAAAUAAUCCUGUAAUAUGAACGCUUCCCAAAGAAAAUAAAGUAUAUGAAGAUUAAAAA